UUGAAGUUGCGCGUCGGGGGCUGCGCUGGCCCGAGGCACCGGCGGCGGCCGCCCGGGAGGAUGCGGCGGUAUCAUCGAAAUUCGGGACAUUGAACCACGAUGAUACUUUGUACUAUUUGUCAUUUGGGAGGAGAAGUAUCACGCGAGUUACGGGGAAAUCGUUAUCUGUUAUCAAUACGUGCAACUUGAUGCAGAGCUGUGGAUGUUGGCUGUUUGAAAUAAGCAGGACAAGUGACUCGUUGAUUUUAAAGCCAGAGCCAUGAAAUGCAGAGAUGAAGCCUGGGAAAUCAUCACAUCUAAAGGAUUUACUUGGAGUAAAAGAUCACUGACUUCUACAAUGGAAAAAUCAUGGAUGCUUUGGACCUUUGUUAAAAGAUGGCUACUAGCUUUGGCUUCCUGGUCUUGGAGUCUCUGCCGUAUUUGUCUUUUGCCCUUGAUAGUGACUUUUCACUUGUACGGAGGCAUUAUACUCCUUAUAUUAAUAUUUGUAUCAAUAGCAGGUAUAUUAUAUAAAUUCCAGGAUGUUCUGCUUUACUUUCCUGAGCAGCCCUCUUCAUCUCGCCUUUAUGUUCCUAUGCCUACUGGUAUACCACAUGAAAACAUCUUCAUCAAGACCAAAGAUGGAGUUCUUCUCAAUCUUAUUCUGCUGAGAUACACCGGGGACAAUGCAGCGUAUUCUCCAACCAUCAUUUACUUUCACGGGAAUGCAGGCAACAUUGGCCACAGGUUGCCAAAUGCUUUGUUGAUGCUGGUAAACCUGAAAGUAAACUUAAUUCUGGUUGAUUAUAGAGGGUAUGGCAAAAGCGAAGGAGAAGCAAGCGAAGAAGGCUUGUACUUAGAUUCUGAGGCUGUCUUAGACUAUGUGAUGACUCGGUCUGAUCUUGAUAAAACAAAAAUUUUUCUUUUUGGCCGUUCCUUGGGGGGAGCAGUAGCUAUUCACUUAGCUUCUGAAAAUUCCCAUAGGAUUUCUGCCAUUGUGGUGGAGAACACCUUUCUUAGCAUCCCAUACAUGGCCAGCACUUUGUUCUCUUUCUUUCCGAUGAGGUAUCUUCCGCUGUGGUGCUACAAAAAUAAAUUUCUAUCCUACAGAAAAAUCUCUCAGUGCAGAAUGCCUUCUCUCUUCAUCUCUGGGUUGUCUGACCAGUUAAUUCCACCAGUUAUGAUGAAGCAACUUUACGAAUUAUCCCCAGCUCGGACUAAGAGAUUGGCAAUAUUUCCUGAUGGAACUCACAAUGACACUUGGCAGUGCCAGGGUUAUUUCACUGCACUUGAACAGUUCAUCAAAGAAGUAAUAAAGAGUCACUCCCCUGAAGAAAUGGCGAAAACAUCAUCUAACGUAACAAUAAUAUAAUUGAUAUUCUUCUUUGGGGUGGAGUGGGGCAAGUACCUGCACUGUACCUUGAUUUGUGAUAAGUGGUAAAAGAAUGUUUGUUUUUAAAUGUAUGUCAUGUCUGUACUUGCCUAAAGAGUGAAAUUAAACUUGGAAAGGUCUGAUAUUUUAUUAAAGUGUUCCAGAUAACUUUUACAUUUGCAGCAUUGUAAAUGAACCAUUUUAUGUCUUUCUCAUACUUUUUUGGUAUCUCUGUCCAUAUAUUCCACUUGUUUGAUAUGUACAACAGAUGCUAUUAAAGAAAAUUGCUACAAAAGUAGUACAGAAUGUAUUUAGAACAAUGGGAGGCUCUUCGGUAUUCACUGCUGUAUGUGUGAGCUUUUUGGACAGCCAUGGUUAGCACAAUGAUUACUUGCUUCUCUUAGAGUUUAUUUAAAGUGUGCCAUGCAUGAGAUUAGUGUUUUAUUUCUUGAAAUUUUAUAUUAUGCAAAGUGGGAAGACUUUAAUGCGCUAAAUAAUAUAAAAUAACAUAAAUGGUAGAGUAUACUUGCAGGUAUACUAUCCUGGGUUAUUACUGGUUUCUAUGGUUAUGCAAACUUAUAUAUGUCAAACUGCAGUUGAAGAUGAAAAGAUACUUUCCUUAUUUUCAUUUGCUGUUUGUAUUAUAAUAGUGCACAGAAGGUUAUAUGUGCCUGACAUCAUGACUUCAGGAUUUUACCCAGGCAAUUUCUGUAUAGGAAAUAGAAGUAACUUUUUCUGAAAGAGAUCAGUGCAAUUUAAGCUCCUUUCUGCCUCAAGCUCUCCUCACUAAUGCACAGGCAAACUAUUUGGUAGUACUAGUCUGCUUGUCCAUUUGAGGUGAAAUUCUUAAGGCAAAAUGGGUGGUCAUAGGUAAAAGUAGGUUUUUGUGUUCAGACUUUUACACUUGUGUAGUUAAAUGUUUGUGCCCUUUAUUUAUACCUCCUAAAGAAACAAAUUCAAAUAAUUACCAGUGAUCACAUGAUUAGAGAUAAAUGGUACAGUUGCUACAGUAAGGAUAGUGAAAAUGGGCAGAUAGUCCUAGAUGGUCCUGUCAUUGAGGGAAGGAAGGCUCUGCAGACACUGAUUGACUGGAGCAACAAGCCAAAGCCAAGGGCAUGAGUUUCAGCAAGAUGAAAGGCUGGGUCCUGCACCUGAGUCACAACCCCAGGCAGCACUACAGGCUGGGGAAAGAGUGGCUUGAGAGCUGCUCAGCAGAAAAGAGACUUGGAGAUGCUAGUCAACAGCUGCCUGGAUGUAAGGCUGCAGUGUGUCCAAGUGGGUAAAAAGGCCAAUGGCAUCUUGGCCUGUAUCAAAAAUAGCAUGGCCAGAAGGAUCAGGGCAGCAGUGAUCCCUGUACUUGGCACUGGUGAGGCCACACCUCAAGUCCUGUGCUCAGCUCUGGGCCCUUCACUACAAGAAAGACAUUAGGGGGCUGGAGCAAGCCCAGAGAUGGGUAACAGAGCUGGGAAGGGUCUGGAGCACAAGUUCUGUGAGGAGCAGCUGAGGGAUAUGGUGGUGUGUGGGUGAAAGAAAAGGUGGCUCAGGGGAGACCUCAUUGCUCUACAACCACUUGAAAGAAACCUGUAGGAAAGUGAGGGUCAGCCUCUUCUGCCAUGUUUCAAGUACAAGGAUGAGAGGAAAUGGCCUUGCAUCAAUGAAGGUUCAAAUUAGAUAUUAUAAAACAAAUUUCACUGAAAGAGUGGUUAGCCAUUGGACUAAGUUGCCUAGGCAGGUAGUGGAAUCACCAGCUGCUCUGGAAUCAUUCAAGUCAGCUGGAUGUGGCAUUUGGGGAUAUGGUUUAGGAGUGAUUAUGGUUGUGUUAGGUUGAUGAUUGUACUAGAUGACCUUGAAGGUCUCUUCCGACCUUAAUGAUUCUGUGAUCAAAGACAUGCUGUUAACUUAGUCUCUAAUGGAAUGUGGGAACUGUUUAGAUCUCUUCUGCAGGUUUAAUUACUCAUCUGCUGCAGCUGAGUUUGCCUCUUUAAAAUAUUUUUUUUAAUAGAAAGAACAAAUUGGAAAAUCUUUCACACGAUCUUUAAAGUUGCCCUUUGGAUUCAAAUUUUUAAGUACUUUUCUGCCAUGUUGUCCUGAUUCAGAAAAGCAUCUCAGCACACACUUAAAAUCUGUUUCCUGAAGGGUAGUCACAUUUUAAGCUUGUGCUUAAGUUCUUUGGUUGAAUAAAACUGCUUUCCUGAACUGGUGCCUUAAUGGUUAUGCCUCCUAAUGAAAUUAUAGUUCUUAUCUUAUGUACAUGUGGGUAAUAGUUGUCAGCAGUUUGUAGACAGGAUGAUACAUCUUUUCAUAAAUGUGAUUUUUUUUUUUUUUUAAUAAACAUUCACAUACCAGAAGUUGCUGCUUUCUCUGGUAAGUAUCUUUUGUGGUACUAUUAUUAAGGUUUUUGUAGAGUUGAUCGAAAAACUAUACAUCUUUUUGGAUCUAUAGACAGAAAAACAUAGUGCAUCUGAGUGAAACCAAAACUAUCUUUUCAGCCUUACAGUGGUGAUAUUUUCUUUUUCCUUUUGGGGAGAGGGGUGCUUGGGCACGGUAUAUUGGAGAAGUUUGACUGGAGGCUGGGAGAUGAGGCUGUAUUUGUAUAGUAGAAAGGAGUUGAUAGAUGUCACAUUGCCCUUCCCUGAUGUAUUCUACAGUGAGAUGUAAGCUGCUUGCAUAGAUUGUUUCACCUACUUCACAUUGCUUUAGAAUAGAGGUGGAGGGAGAGAAGGAAAAUUAGCAGUCAAAUAUUGCUUUUCUAAAAUUCAUUUGAUGAAGCCAAAAGAGUAGAUUAAUUGCUGGAGACAGAAUGAAGAGAAAGUAAUUGUUUCAGAAGUUGUUCUAUCUUGACAUUAAAUACCAUUGGGGCUGGGGGGAGGAGGUGUUCACAGAGCAUCAAUUUCUAAAGUAGCAUGCCAUUUAACCCUUCUUGGCACCAAUCAAAACAAAACUCUCAACCCCAGAAUGCCCCUAGUAUUAUGUGGUACUUUUAUGCAAAUGAAGUAUUCCUGUUUGAGCACACAGUUGCUAAGACAAAGUCAAAUGUGUAGUGUUAGAUUAUGGCAAUCUGAAACUCUUCGAAGUGGGCUGUAUCUAAACAUUACUUUUUAUUAUCAAGCCAUAUAUGUUUUCACUAUAUUGUCUGCAGGACAUAAGUAUGAAACUUUAAUUUUGCAGGUAUUGUGUGUGAGUUGACACAAUUGUCAUGUAUGCAUCUUUACACUUGUGUGGUUUCUUCCACCUUCCACAUAUGCACAGUUUUGUUUCUCACUUAAUGUGUUAGCCACAUACACUUGUGAAUGAAUGUUAUUAUGCUAUUUUUCAUUGCAUUGGUUAUGAAGUCCACUGAAGGAAAAUAGGGAAGUGAUGUUUUUAUGCAAGUAUUCCACUGCUCUGCAUACAAUUCUUUAAGGGACGGAGGGAGAAAAAAAGGGGAGGAAACUUGUUCUGACAAGUGAAGACUUGUUUCAUGGACUGUGUGAUGGAAACCACAGUUAUCUGCUGCUAAAAACUGAACUACAAGCAACAUAGUAAUAAUAACUUUAAAUUGCCAAAUGGUGUGUUAUGAUACUGUUACAUUUAUUUUAUUUAAUGCCAUUAUAUGUUUUCCCAUAACAGUUAUCCAUUUGCGUAUAGAUGUUUCCCAAAUAUUUGUCCUGUAGAUAUAAAUUUCUAGUUUGGGAAGAAGUUGAGUUCUUUUCACAGGUUUGUAAGAAAGCCUUAGUUUAAAUAUGUUCAUUAAAGGAAUUUUCUGUUUUAUAGGAAGACAUUUAAGUUAAAAAAAAAUUAAUGUGAAAACAAAGUUCCCAGGGAGGGAUCAGGAGUUCAACAGCUGUAGCAGUAGGGUUCCUUGUAAGAAAGCAUAAAACCUUGUGGGUGCACACAUUGUGGUUUUAAUUUGUGGAAAUACUUGAGGCUUCCUACUAACCCAAGUUUACAUUCCCAGAAUUUGUUUCUGAACUGUGAAAUGCAGAGAGAUAAGCUGUGCUUUCUUCUGGAGAAACAUUAACUGGUUUAGCUGCCCUCAUGUCCAUUUCUCAGGUAAAAUUAGAAACAGAGCACAAAUGCAUUUGGUAGGCUGUGGACAAUCUGUCAGCUGAAGGGCAGAAGGAUUAACUAUUUAUACAAAAUAUGCAUAUCAGCAUCUCUAAGCUAAUAAUUGGGUCAUGUUGGAUGUUCACAGUGAAGAAUGAAAGGCAGAAUUGAGAGUCCAAGGUAUGGUCUUUUCUCUUAGCAAAAAGAUGCAGAUGUACCUCCAUUUGUAUUUCAUCAAUUCUUGAAAAAUACAUUUUUAUUUUUGUUAAUGACAGGCAAUUUUGCUAGGGGCACUUCUGCCAAAUAUAAAACCAGUGCCUCUUGCAUGUAGUGGGAUCAGCCUAAUGUAUCCCAUGAGGUAUAAUUUGCAAUGCCAUCCUGCUUGUAUAAUUUAGAGUAGAACCCCACAGAAGUGUAAAUAGAGACAGCAUAUUAAAGUUCUAAAUAACACUUAUGUUUUGAAUUUAGAAACAGUCAUUGAUUAUGAGAUGCAAGCUUUUUGUUUGAUUUUUUCUUUAAUAUAUAGUUAAGCCAAAACUGUCUUAUGAAGUAUUCUUAAGUUUUGUAGACAAAGCAUAAAUGUUAUUGUAUAUGUGCUAAUUGUGGCAAAGUUUUACAUUAUCAUUCUAGUUGGUUUUUACAAUAAAGUUAAUUUUACAAAAAACACUUUUCUAUUUUUAUGUACUGACAUAUGCAAUAAAUUGAUACAUUAAAAGUGCUGGUAAUGUCUUA